AGCUUCUCCAAAAAAGCUGCAACUGCCCAAGCUGCGGGACCAGGGCUGCAGGCGUCCGGCGGCGGCAGCUCACUCCUGCGCGCCUCGAAACAUGAAAGAAUACAGGAAGUCCUGUGUGACCACCAUGAAUAUCUGCACUAACUGAGUCACCGGCUGAGUACUGGAAGAACAGCAAGAUAUCCAGAUUUCUAGAAAGCAGAAAUGACCAUGACUGCCAACAAGAAUGCCAGUGUCAACAGCAGAGCUGGAGGGAGUAAAGUGCCACAAGACACUCUGGAUAGGUGUCAGUCAGUCUCUCCACCACCUCUUUUGUCCCCGCCAAGAAGCCCAGCCUACCCCCUCAGUGACAGCGAGGACUCUUGCCGCUCUUCUCGGCUCACCAAGGUCUCCAACUCCAGACUGCACCUCAAGGACUGGAGCAGCCGAGCAUCUACUUUGCGAAGCACCUCCACAAGCCCCUCGGACACUGACUCUCCAAGCCACCCUCUCAAAGCCAUCAGUGUGGGCGCUUUGGAUAAAAGGCUGUCUGUGUUCAAGGCAGAGGACCACAAGCAGAGCCCUAAGGAGGCUCAGCAUGGGGACGCGAUAGGGAGCCAUCCACUGGCCCGGAGCACCCUCUCCUUGGGCACUGCUGCAAACUUGAGGAACAUCUCCCUCAGUCGGGCGAGCAUCCGCUCGCAGGUGCUGGACAUCAGGCAGAAGAUCACAGAAUGGGAGUGCCGCCGGGAGCCUUCUCCCAGGAUGAGCACCUGUGUGGACAAGAGGGAUGCUGGGGAGAGGUCGGGCAGCGAGAGCUGCCCUAGUGUGCUGACCUCUCCAUGCAGUGAGAAGACAUUUGAUUUCAAAGGGUUUAGAAGAAUGAGCCGAACAUUUUCUGAGUGUUCUUACCCAGAAACAGAGGAGGAGGAACUGCUGGACAGAGAUUCCUGCCAUCGGUUAGAAAAGAGACCAGGCAGGAGUGAGCCUCCUUCUGCAACUUUCCUCAAAGGCCACAUGAGGAAAGAGUCCUCUGCUGUGCUCAACAGAAUACAGAAGAUUGAGCAGGCUCUAAAAGAACAACCUGGCAGAGGCCUUCCCCAGUUACCCAGUAGUUGUUACAGUGUUGACAAGGGGAGGAAAAAGUCUCUAACUCUGAGUACUGUUGAGGGACUGAGUGAAAACCUAAGUGAUAGCAAAGGAGGGAGUGUUAUUUUGGGGAGUGAUCCAGGAACACCUACUGAGGCUGAAAAAAACAGUAAGACGAAACAAGGGGUUACUGCAGACUUGGCUGGCCCUAAACUGCCCCUUGAAAGCCCCGCUAACACAGCGGUGAAUCCUGUCCCCAAGCCCAAACGCACCUUUGAGUAUGAAGCUGAUAAAAAUCACAAAAGUAAAGCGAGCAAUGGCCUACCUCUGUCUCCUACGCCUGCUGCUCCUCCUCCCCUCCCGUCCACCCCUGCCCCCCCUGUGACCAGAAGGCAGAAGAAAGAGUCACGCUUUCACAGAAAAUCCCAGAAUAGAAAAUCCUUUGAGUUUGAGGAUGCUUCAAGUCUGCAAUCCUUGUACCCUCCCUCCCCAACUGAAAAUGGAACUGAGAGCCAGCAUAAAUUUGGAUCUAAGAGCACUUUAGAAGAAAAUGCCUAUGAAGACAUUGUAGGCGAGUCACCCAAGGAAAACCCGUAUGAGGAUGUGGAGCUGAAAGGCCGUCAUGCGGGCCGAAAAUCCCAUCAGCUCUCGGAGAAUUCCCUAGAUUCCUUGCACAGGAUGUGGACUCCGCAGGACAGGAAAUACACAGCACCUCCCCAGCUGCCCUCCAAGCCCAGUAGCCAGUCUCUGCGCAUUGGGAACUGGUCGGAAAGGAAGAGCCAACGCUUGCCACGGUUACCCAAGCGGCACAGCCACGAUGACAUGCUGCUGCUGGCGCAGCUUGGUAUUCCCUCCUCCCCCUCCAGCCUCAAUGACGACAGUCUGAGUACCACAAGUGAGCUGUUGUCUACACGCCGAGCCAGGAGGAUCCCAAAGCUUGUCCAAAGAAUCAAUUCCAUUUACAGUGCAAAAAGAGGAAAAAAACGAUUGAAGAAACUUUCUAUGUCCAAUAUUGAGACAGCAUCCCUACGAGAUGAAAACAGUGAGAGUGAGAGUGACUCAGAUGACAGGUUUAAAGCUCAUACGCAGCGUCUAGUGCACAUCCAGUCAAUGCUGAAAAGAGCUCCAAGCUAUCGAACCCUGGAACUGGAGCUGAUUGAAUGGCAGGAACGGGAAUUAUUUGAGUAUUUUGUGGUAGUGUCACUGAAAAAGAAGCCCUCUAAAAAUACUUACCUCCCAGAAGUGACAUAUCAGUUUCCUAAGCUAGAAAGACCUACCAAACAAAUGCGUGAAGCAGAGGAGCGUCUCAAGGCUAUCCCUCAGUUCUGCUUUCCUGAUGCCAAGGACUGGCUCCCUGUCUCUGAAUACAACAGUGAGACCUUCUCUUUUAUGCUGACUGGGGAAGAUGGAAGCCGGAGGUUUGGUUAUUGCAGAAGGUUGUUGCCAAGUGGAAAAGGCCCACGUCUACCUGAAGUUUAUUGUGUCAUCAGCCGGCUAGGGUGCUUUGACUUAUUUUCCAAGAUCCUGGAUGAGGUUGAAAGGCGAAGGGGUAUAUCUGCUGCCUUGGUUUAUCCAUUUAUGAGGAGUCUGAUGGAAUCUCCUUUUCCUGCACCUGGAAAGACAAUCAAAGUCAAAACCUUCCUACCUGGAGCUGGAAAUGAGGUGAUUGAGCUCCGGCGGCCCAUGGAUUCACGCCUAGAACACGUGGACUUUGAGUGCCUUUUCAAGUGUCUCAGUGUACGGCAGAUCAUCAGGAUCUUCGCUUCUCUGCUGUUGGAGCGGCGUGUGAUUUUUGUAGCAGAUAAGCUCAGCACUCUCUCCAGCUGUUCGCAUGCUGUUGUGGCUCUGCUGUACCCCUUCUCCUGGCAGCACACCUUCAUUCCUGUCCUGCCCUCAUCCAUGAUAGACAUCGUGUGCUGCCCUACUCCCUUCCUGGUGGGACUGCUUUCCAGCUCUCUGCCCAAGCUGAAGGAGCUGCCUGUAGAGGAGGCUUUGAUGGUUAACCUGGGAUCUGAUCGAUUCAUCAGACAGAUGGAUGAUGAAGAUACACUAUUACCUAGAAAAUUGCAAGCAGCUCUGGAGCAGGCUCUGGAGCGAAAGAAUGAACUGAUAAAUCAGGAUUCAGAUAGCGAUUCAGAUGAUGAAUGUAACACCCUGAAUGGAUUAGUGUCUGAGGUUUUUAUCCGAUUCUUUGUGGAGACAGUUGGCCAUUAUUCCCUGUUCCUAACCCAGAAUGAAAAAGGAGAGCGUGCUUUCCAAAGGGAGGCUUUCCGUAAAUCUGUGGCCUCCAAGAGUAUCCGCCGCUUCUUGGAAGUUUUCAUGGAAUCUCAAAUGUUCGCUGGCUUCAUCCAGGAUCGAGAGCUGAGAAAAUGCAGGGCAAAAGGUCUCUUUGAACAGAGAGUUGAACAGUAUUUGGAAGAACUUCCAGACACUGAACAAAGUGGAGUAAACAAGUUUCUGCGAGGCCUUGGAAACAAAAUGAAGUUUCUUCACAAGAAGAAUUAACUCCUUUCUGCCGAAACACCAACCCAAAGACAAUUUAUGACACUGUGUGUGAGAUACCUGCAACUUUUCAGAUUUUGUUGUGGGAGGAGAAUGAAACAAGCUGAGCACAGCUUUAGUGACUACAGCUGCUGUUAGACAGUGUGCCGGAUGAUGACUCUUUUAUGUAUUUGGAUAGAAUUUGUAAAUAAUGUGCUGUAAGCUUUUGUAACUGAUUUUGUAAUGAGCAAGGAAAACUGUGGUAAAUAUUUGUAUAUUCCUGAGAGUAACAGGUGCUUUUUUUUCUUUAGUAUGAAUUGAGUUAUGCUUGGUGCAAAAUUGAAUAGCUGAUUAUGUGCAGCUGACUGUCUCAGCAGAACCACUGACUUCAAGGGAUGUUUAUGAGAACUACACUGAUGCCUGAAUACUGCGGUAGUGAAUGAACUCUGGGGUACAUGGGAGAGGUUGUGUGCAGGGGGGCUGAUUUCAUGUUGCAAAGUUGGUAUUUUUUUUCCUAAUUCCCUUCCAAUUCAUAAAAAAAAAUAUAACAAAGUAAUUUUAUAAUAAGGUACUUCACGAUACGAAAUUUCCUCUUGGCUUGAACUCUGGUCAGUAAACUACUUGUAACACAUUCUGCAUUAGGACUGCUAAAUGUGAGGAAAUCUCAGUUCUUUGACAUGCAAGCUGCAAUGACUAGGUACAGUACAUCCUUUAGUAAUGUAUGUAUGUAUGGUUUCUAAUAAACUAUGUAAUAUAUCUGUUUGUUUAUAUUCAUUGGAAA